CAUUAACCACGGAGAAGUUGGUGAUUUCGAUGAAAGCAAGAAACACGUGUAUUCGAUCGGGAACGGAGCGGAUUUGCCGUACAGGCUAACGGUUGGCAUUAAUGGGAUUGACCACACAUGUGACUGUGAUACCGGUGCUCCGUGCUCUCUCAUGUCUAUCCAGGUCUUCAAUUCACUGUUCGAUCGAAGCAUAUUGCGACCAUGCACAGAACCAUUCACGGGCUACGGAGGUGACCAAUUAAAUAUUUUGGAUUCAUACGAUGAGAUCAUCUCGCAAAUCAAAAGUGAUUUUUCUGAAAUUUUCAAAAGUGGUUUAGGGAAAUGCAACACAACUGUUAUCAAGCUUCCAUUAAUCAAUGAUGCCACGCCAAUUUUUUGUAAGGCCAGACCCAUACCGAUGGCAUUUCGUGAGAAAAUUGAGCAACAGUUACAACAGUUAGUCGAACAAGACAUCAUCACACCUGUAAAUGACUCAGAUUGGGGUACGCCAAUUGUACCCAUUCCAAAAUCUGAUGGUGAAAUCAGAAUAUGUGGCGAUUAUAAGUCAACGAUAAAUCGAUUCCUUAAAGACUUUCGGUAUCCACUACCGCGUAUUGAGGAAAUCUUCGCUUCAAUGCAAGGAGGACAAUUGUUCACCAAACUCGAUUUAUCUGGCGCCUACAAUCAACUUGUUCUGGAUGAUGAUGCGCAAAAGUUGUGCACUCUCAGCACACAUAAAGGAUUGUUUCGCAUGAAAAGACUUCCAUUUGGCGUGAAGAUAGCCGCUUCAAUUUUUCAAAAGACAAUGGAGUCGCUUCUUUCUCAGUUUGCCAAUGUUUUUUGUUUUCAAGAUGAUAUAGUAGUCACAGGAAAUAAUUUUGCUGGUCAUUUGAGCACGCUACGGAAAGUGCUGACUAAACUUCAAGAAGCUGGUCUACGACUGAACGUCGGUAAAUGCAAAUUCUUUCAGAGCAAAAUCUCAUACUUAGGUUUUGAUGUGGAUAAAAAUGGCCUUAGUAAGAAUCAAGAAAGGACAAAAAGUGUCAUUGAUUCGCCGCAACCCACAAACGUUUCUGAACUACGAGCAUUCAUCGGCAUGGUUAAUCAUCAUUCGAAAUUUAUUCCGAAUUUUGCUCAGCGUAUGAUACCACUAUAUGAUUUGCUAAAAAAGGAUGUUGAUUACGUUUGGACAAGAACUUGUCAAGAAGCAUUCGAAUCGAUGAAGAAGGAAAUUUGUUCAGAUACCAUUUUAGCUCAUUUUGAUGCAAAUAAGCCAAUAAUUCUUACGACAGACGCAUGUGGUACUGCUGUCGCAGGUCGUUUAUCUCACAUAUUUGAAGAUGGAUCUGAUAGACCGGUUGCAUUUGUCUCACGUGCAUUAAAUAACGCCGAGAAGAAUUAUAGUACGUUUGAAAAAGAAGCACUUGCUAUUAUUUUUAGUGUGACGAAAUUGCGUCAAUACUUGUUAGGCAAUAAAUUUAUUCUUCGAACGGACCAUAAACCAUUAGUCACAAUAUUUGGAGAGAAUAAAGGUAUUCCAGUGAUGGCAGCCGCUCGAAUUCAGAGAUGGGCUCUUCUUCUUUCAGGUUUCAAUUACUCUAUUGAGUAUGUCAAGGGCGCACUUAAUACGUCUGACAGCUUGUCACGUUUGCGACAAUUCGAAACCACCACAAUCCAUGAAGAGGCUUCAUACAUAAAUUAUGUCGGUUUUGUCAACAUCACACAAAUUGAUUACAAAACUAUUGCGUUGCAUACACGCCGUGAUCCAAUUCUUUCGAAAAUAAUGGAUUCCGUUCAGAAUGGCACACUCAAUAAUUUGCAAGGCGAUGACUUUAAAGCAUAUCGAUCAAAGGCACUUGAGCUAUCAGUUGAAAGUGGAUGUGUUCUUUGGGGAUAUCGCACGGUAAUUCCAAGUAAAUUACAAAAAGCUGUCUUGGAAGCUCUUCACAUGUCUCACUUGGGAAUUGUGAAAACAAAGUCACUCGCGCGCUCAUACGUCUAUUGGCCGAAUAUCGAUAAAGACAUUGAAUUCAUGAUUAAGUCAUGUGAACCGUGUCAAUUGACACAACCAAAUCCAGAGAAGAGUUCACUAAUUCCAUGGACUCCAACAGAUUCUGCUUGGAAAAGAAUUCAUAUCGAUUUUGCAGGUCCAAUUAAGGGAUUCAUGUUAUUCAUUGUGAUUGAUUCUUUUUCUAAAUGGGUCGAAGUGUUUAAAACGAAAGACAUCACAUCAGCUUUUGUGAUCGCCAAGUUGAGGGAAACAUUCUGCCGUUAUGGUUUAGUUGACAUCAUUGUCAGCGAUAACGGAAGGCAAUUCACUUCUGCCGAAUUUCAAGAGUUCGUCAAACAAAAUGGCAUAAAUCACAUUUUCACAGCACCGGGCAAUCCGUCCACUAAUGGCCAAGCUGAAAAUUUUGUCAAAACGCUCAAAAAGUCGAUUGUUGCGAAUAUUAACAAGCACAAGAACAUCGAUAUGGAUGAAGUACUGAACAAAUUUUUAUUCGACUAUCGCAUCACUAAACACUGUACGACAAAUCAAUCACCUUCGAAAAUAAUGUUUGGUAGAGAAGCGAAAUCGCGAUUUAGUUUGAUGAAACCACCGCUUAUUCGUGAAACCAUCAUACAAAAAAAUCAAACGGCAAUAAAGAAUUACAAAGGCAAACGUAACGUCGAAUUUUCAAAGGGACAGCAAGUUUAUGUCCGAAAUUACAAGAAUCCAAAUAAACCUAGUUGGUCACCAGCAAUUGUUAAGCACAAGAUCGGUCCUCGCAAUUACACUUGUUUGCUCAUACGAGAAAAUCGUGACAUCAAACGUCACUUAAAUCAAAUCCGCGGAGCAGUGAAUGAUGAUGGUGCAUCGGAAACAAGUGCAACGUUAGAGCAAAACGAUGAAGUCGAGCCGACUGAUAUCGUAGAUGAUGAACAAACUGGAGCAUCCAGCGAAGAUGAAGAGACCUCUGAAAACGAGCAUGAAGCAUCUGGUGGGGGAGAGGAGUCGUUCGACACAGCGAAUAGUUCAAAUGAUUCAGUCACUAUGGCUGAUAACACACUGAUCGAUGGCUUUCCCAUGCCCAUACCUGAGCCGCAAGUGCGGCAACCGCAACGAGCCUGUUCGAAGAAGGCAGCUGAACAAAUCACAAAACAAUUGCAACCGAAUCGGAAUCGCUAG